UUUAUAGUGAUUUUAAUGCAACACAAAGCAGAAAGCGUGUUCUUUGUGGGGUAUUUAUACUUGCAGUUUAAAACCUGUGCUUUGAUUGUUCUAGAUGAUAGCAAGUUUUCAGAGGCCAUCACAGUGCUGCUUACCUGGAUUGAGCGAGGCGAGGUCAAUCGUCGCUCUGCAAACCAGUUCUAUUCAAUGGUGCAGUCUGCAAACAGCCACGUUCGCCGUCUCAUGAAUGAAAAGGCCGCUCAUGAGCAAGAGAUGGAGCAAGCCAAGGAGAGUUUUAAAAAUGCCUUAACAGGGAUCCUGACUCAAUUUGAGCAGAUUGUCGCCGUUUUCAACGCUUCUACCAGACAAAAAGCUUGGGACCAUUUCUCGAAAGCCCAGCGAAAGAACAUAGACAUUUGGCGAAAGCAUUCUGAGGAGCUCCGAAAUGCUCACAGUGAACAGCUCAUGGGAAUUCGCCGGGAAGAGGAGAUGGAAAUGUCUGAUGAUGACAGUGGUGACAAUCCCAGUAAAAAGCUGAGAGUAGAUGAUUCAGGUAAAGCCAAAUCCCACUAUAAUGUCUCCAAGUACAUACAGCUGUUGUUUUAAAAGCAAACAAAAACU